GUACGACCGUUAGUGUGUGUCCACGAGCUUUGCCGUCCGGUUAGUACACAGCGACCAGACCAGAAGCAGCGGCAAUCGCGUUUGUCCAGAGACACUUGAAUUAUUGUACUUAAAGUGUGUUGUCUUUUUACCGUGUGCGCCCACCUGCAAGUCGGCGGUGUGCCCUGCCGCAAUAUAUCGAAAAUAUUCUCAUCCGUCCGCAACCACCCUGCCGGGAUCGCUUCGACUCGCUUUGUCCCAGCAACCAGAGUGUGAACAACAGUGUAGUCCGGAAGAAAAAUGAUCCGUGUGACGAUAAUUUUAGCAGCUUUGACGAUAUCCGGUCAAUGCCAAAGCACACAGCAAAGCGGCGUCGAUCGCGACACGUCGGUUUCACAGGGAUUCAUGCCGAUCAAUAACCAACAGGCCGUGGCGCCAGCAGCAGUCCCGGAAACGUCGUCGGUACAGAGCAGAGAUUAUUCAGGCGGUUCAGAUUUCUAUGGUUACAACAAUUAUCCACCUAGUUACGGACCGCCGAGCUCGAGUUAUGGGUCUUCCGGAUCGGGAGUUUCUUUCGAACCUUCGUCGCCGGGCGAAUCCAGUUCGUAUUCAAGUUCUGGUUACAGCGUUCCGUACUACCCGUAUGGAGACGACAGUACAAAGAAAAAGAGACCUAGCUACGCAUCGCCUUACUAUCCACCAACAACGGUCGCUUGCCCGAAUCCGUUUACCAACAACAUAUUGACGGACCUGUUGAAAACCGGGAGCACAGCCAAAUUCGGUCUUGUCAAAUCCGUGAUAGCCGCCAUCGCCACGUUAUUCCUGGCGAAAAUCCCCAUACUGUUAGCCGUCAAGGCUUUAGUACUCAAGUUGUUUGUCGUUCCCUUGGCCGUCGUCGUGCUGUCGUUGCCCGUGCUCAUCCCGGCGGCCCUCCUGUUCCAACCCCUGUGGAAGAGAUGGAAGGAGUUCGUGGGAAUCGACUCCAAACCGCAGAUGGUCAUGAUGAUGCCGGCCAACGACAGCCCUAAGCCCAGCAACAGCACCACGCCCGAACCGGCUUCCUCGAGGGCCUUGGAAAACAACCUGGAAGGCAUACUGAGCAACUUGCUCGAGUCGGAGAAGUGCAUGGAAAGACUUGCUUGUCAGUUGGGCGUGAGAGACGCGAAAUCAGAGUACAAACAGCAAGUGUCUUGGGUUUUGAAGUUUUUGCAAACGCUUCGCGUCGUCCAGAAGAACGAUCAGAUCAGAGAUAAACUCAAACAGUACAGAGAGGCGUACAACUACGGCACCGACGCCGGGGUGGGCAUGGCCGAACAAGAAAACCUGGUCAACGCCGUUUGUUCGGAAGACCGCUAUCCCUGCCGGAGUACCCAAAGGUCGUUGCAGAGAAGCACCAGAGCACUGGUCGGCGUUGCCGGAUUCUGAUAACGACUCAACCGAUUUUCUUCCUGUUGUAAAUAAUACACUAUUAUUAUGUUCAUAAUUUAUUUAUUUUUUUUGUUCAACGUUUAAAAACCGAACCGUUGAAAUUAUUUAUUAUAUACAUACAUACUUAUAUAUAUAUAUGAUCUAAAUUGAAAAGUCCCUGCGCACUUUGCAGGUGAGCCAUAUUAUACGAAAAUAAUCAUCAAAAAUAUAAUUUUGUAAUAAUUUAUUUAAUAUUUUUCCAAUCAAUUAUAUCGUUUAUACAAAAAAAAAACAUAUUGUUUUAGUAUUUUUCAGCGUUCUAUUUAGUUUCGUCUUUUAAGUUAUUGAUUAUAUACAGUGUAUACCUAACGUUAUUGAUAAUAAAACAAUUAUUUAUAAA